AUGGACGGUGAACGUAGAAAAGAAGAAUUGGCAAAGAAAAGACAAAAGCUUGCUGAGCUUAGGCGUGCAAGAGAAGAGCGAAAGCAAGUCUUUAGUCAUAAUGCUGACCCUCCGGUCAAACCCGUCGAUUUGGAAAGGGAUCGUAAGGAAAAAGAGAUGAUAGAGGUAGAUAAUCUUGUCAAAGCGUUACUAGCGGAUAAAACUGUACGUCCUGGAACUCCAUCUAAUGCCGAAGAUUCUGAUGGUUCUGAUAAAGGCAAAACUGAAAGGGGAAGGCAUUCUAUUUCUAUGCAUUCACAACAUUCUCAAUAUUCUCCAAAUACCUCGGUUCCUCAAAGCCCUCAAAUACCAAAUCUUAAUACUCGUUAUAUUCCUGAUUUCUCACCGUUCGAUGCUGUUAUAUUAGAUAUUGCUCCAAAGGAAAUCGUUUUAUAUAGUAAAGAAGUACAGACCUCGGAAAAUUCUUUUGGUCCUCCACCACCUUCAGAGGAAGAAAUUCGUUCAAAGAUUCUAAAAGAAUUAGAAGAAAUUGAAAGACAGGAACGACUGGCUCAGGAAGAACAACACAGGAAGAAAAUUGUUAAUUCUGCAGAUUUUGCCGAUUUUAUUGAUCAUACUACCAAAAUUAUUGAGAGGGCUCUUAAUGAAAAUUAUGACUUUAUGAAAGAUUAUAGUAUUAGUAAAGAUAAUCCUGAACUUGUUGUUGCUGCUUACAAUAAAAAUCCAAUUGCUAUGAAUGAACCGGAUGGUGCAGUUUUAGUGUGGAAUUUACGAUUACUUGAACGUCCAGAAUUCAUUUUCCAUUCACAAUCGGAUGUACUUACUGUUGCAUUCUCAGAUUUUCAUCCAAAAUAUGUUAUUGGUGGUACUUAUUCUAGGCAAACAGCGCUGGAUGACAAG